CAGACCAUUUCCCGUCGCGACAGCCAAAUGCGUGAUUACCUAAGGCAUUGAUAUCUAUCAGAGGGACCACGUCGCUUAGGGGCAUGAGCUGCAUUCCGACUUACACGGGUAAUCUAACAAAUCAAUGAUAGUUAAAAAGACGAGAUCCUUCAAGCGCGCGACUUGAAAGACCCAAUUCUACUCAGGUUAUCAGUUUUCUUCAUAACAGGCUCGGUUGAAUUCUCUGACUGAAAUGUCAGGCUCUGGCAACACCACCGACAGGGAGUCUAUACCCACGGAGGCUACUCAACAUGAGCCUGAAUCUCUCACUCAACUCAAAAGAAACCUAUUUAUUACCGACCCUACGACUGAGUUUGCUGAGCAGUCACACUUGUCGUAUCUUAUACCAGAGAAUACGAAUUUAGAUUUGGAAGCAGCUUUUAAGGAUGUCGAACCUGGGAAGUCAAUACUUGAUUCAAUCAAACGCAGGGAUACAUUAUUCUUCGAUGAGACGGUAAAUGUUCUUUUACUUCUCAAAAGCCCCUGGAAAGAUGAAGCAUCACUCCGCACUCACCUCAAUCGGCUAGUGAUAUCAGUCGAAGCCCAGAUCGUCAACAGCAAAACCCAUGGCAAGGAGAAUUCUACAACGGAUACCAUCUUCUCCGGUACAGUCCCAGAUAUUGAUGAUCCUUUCAUCAUCGUCAAGGGGGGGGAGGAGGAGGAGGAGGAGGAGGAAGAAGAAGAAGAGGACAGUAACGAUAGUGAAGAAAGUGGUGAUGAUGCCAACCUAGACCAAAGCGUUUUUGCUGUUUGGAAGUUACCCGUCUUUUUGAGUCGACCUCGUGCACGAAUCUCGGCACCAGCCAUCAUUUUCACCGCAUCCGCGAGCAUGAAACCUGAGGUUUCAACUGACCUCAUUGGAAAGGGGAGUGGUUACCUUCAGAGCGGUGUGCCCUCUGGCUUUAACCUGCUCGAGUCUUUCGGAAGCGAUGCUGCACUCGGCGGAGUGAAGCCUCGGUUGUCUGCACUGCGAGUAUCAAGAGUUACGCCCGUUACGCGCUCACAAGAUGUGACGAAGCAUAUACGAGCUCUGCCUCAGGUUCAGCACAAGAUCUUCCCUGUCGUCCACACGAGAAUCCGGUUUUCAAGACCGACUACAGCACCGACCAGCUCAGCCGUGAUCGCACUGCUUGAAGUUGACUUUACAUCUCAUUUCGAAUGCGAGGUAUCAUUAGAUCAAAUCGAACUUUCAAUUCUCGACGCUACUGUCGAAAACCUCAACAAUGACGCGGGUAUGCAGCUACCUCUUACCUGCGUGUCUCACGAUCAUAUUACGUUCCUCUAUCGCAUUGCUCCCCGUCAGCACGACGUUACAGUCAAAAACCCCAUGCGGGAACUGGACAUUCAAAUCUCCGCUACUGCUCAGGUUAUACCGGGCCGCUGCACGCCCAGUAUGAACAUGUCAUGGUCAACUCAGCUUGACUUUACUCUCCCAGUCAAUCCUGGCUAUGGAUCGGCAACUGCUGGAACUGGCAUUGUCCGUGCCCAUAGACCAUCGCAACUUUCUAUCACAGGCCAAGCAGUAAACCCCCUGGUAUCGCCAUCUAUCAUUCGUCCAGACGCCCUGCCCACUCUCGAGGCUGCCACAUCCAACACAGACGCUUCCAUUACAGAACUUGGCAUAACCAUGACCUUCACUGGCCCCUCUGAACCUGUCUACCCGGGGCAGGUCUUUUCUUGGACCGUCUAUAUCGUCAACCGUGCCACAGAAAAGAACUCUGCGCCUCCCCGCAAACUUGCCCUCGUUGCUAUUCCCAAGCGCCGGCGAGGCGAAGUUCGUAUGACACGGCCUCCCUCAGUGGGUGGUCGACGACAUGGUGAAAAAGACGUUGCCGAUGCGGUCACGGACGAAAACGUACUCCACGCAUUACAGAAGAACUCGUCUGUCGAGUCAACUGAUGUUGUUUGCUUAAGCGCUGAUACCCGUGUCGGUCCUCUUGCCCCAGGAGCUUGUCAUGUAGUCGAGCUUCAAUUUCUCGCGCUACAAGAAGGCGUUGUGGGCCUCGAGGCCAUGCGAGUUGUUGAUCUAGGGUCACAGGAGCAUGUCGAUAUCAGAGAUUUGCCAACUAUGUUGGUAGAGCCAGCAGCGGCAUAAGGUCUUUUCAUUCAAUCCAAAUGCAUUCAUGUUGAGCUAUCAUAUUACCUGUAUCGUGUGUCGUAUCUCUAAUAUCAUUGCCGAUACAAUAUUUCUUAUAAUGUUCCCAACGCCUUCUAACAGUGCUGAAACUCCUGCUGCAAUGAUGCAUGCCCCUCAUAAAAACACCGCUAAAUGUUCCGACAAGUAACUCAUAACAGGUCAUCUAGGUCGUCAUCCCAUCCUAAUUUCUCAUAUAUCGACACCGACUUAGCAGGCAUGGGCUUAGCCGCCUGGUUCUCCAUAUCUAUGUUCUUUGUUUUCAUACCCUUAACGGGCGUUGCCAAAAGCUCGUCGUUACGAGAAAAAGUGAAACUGACCUUUCUUUUUCGAUUCGUGACCCCACCCGGGUUGAACAGGUCGGCAGCGGACAUAGUUAGUCGUUCUAGAGACGGCGAUGAGGGCGGGAAUGGCAAAACGUCUUCAUCGUUCCUAGGCCGACGAAUGAAACUCGAUCCGGCCUUUGUAGGCGUGCUACCAAUCCUCUCAAUAUCAGGAGUUGGACUCUGACGGAAGCCAUCCCGCUGUGCUCCUCGGAGACCAGUAGAGGGAACCAUAGAGGGAAGGCUUGAAGGAGGAAUGACAUCUUCAGUGCUC